UACCUGCUCGCAUCCACCGUUCGUUCAAAAUCCCACUGAGACGACCGAAGGGGGAGAGGGGGGCGAGCCUCAAAUCUCGCCGCCGCCUCGUUUCGCGAGCCCUCUCUUCCCCGAGCAAGAAACCCUAGCGCCGCCGCUCGCCGGCGAUGGAGGCGCCGGACGAGGAGGCCGGCCUGGGACUCCCGGAGGACGAGCGGCUUCUGGAGGUCACCAUCAUCUCCGCGCAGGGGCUGAAGCCGCCUUCUGGACUUCGGCGGCGGUUGCAGGCGUACGCCGUGGCGUGGGUUGACACCGCGCACAGGCUCCAGACGCAACCCGACCGCUCUGGCGGCCCCGAUCCGGCUUGGCACGAGCGGUUCCUCUUCCGCGUGCACGAAGCCGCGCUCGCCGAGGAUUCCCGCGCUGCCGUCACCGUGGAGAUCUACGCCUCACCGAACGGGGCCUGGCACAUCGGCGGGGACUCCCUGAUCGGAUCCGCGCGGUUCCUCCUCGGCGACAACUGCCUCCUGUCCCGCCCCGUUGGGUCCCCAGCCAUGUUCGCCGUCGGCGUCCGACGCCCCUCCGGCCGCGUCCACGGCCUCCUCAAUGUGGCUGCUAGCCUGGUCGCUGCGCCGCCCUCUCCGGCGGCCUCCCACGCCCUCAGCUUCUCCCCCGCCGUCUCUCUCAGCGGCCUACCCCCUGCCGUCGCCAUCAGCAGCCUCUCCACGGCGCCGAUCUCAGGCCGCGUGCUGCGCGUCCUCAACCGCGCGCACCCAACACCCCCACCUUCUCCUAAGGUGCUCACACCCAAGAAGCUGCAGGCCUCGGUGAAGCCUAACAAUAAGGGAUCUGACAACCAGCAGGUUGCGGUGAAGCUAAGUAACAAACGUGAAGACGAUGCCAGCGAUCAGGAGGGGGAGGAUGAGAACACGUACAUGGGCGGGGUGAUGUUUUGCGGGCCUUGUGUCUUACCAUUCCCGAGAAAGAUUCACACCAGCCCCUCUGACGAGAACCUGCAGGCCUUCGCUGGCAUCUUCUCUAGUGGCGUCGGCAUUGCCAGGCGGAGCCCGGGCCCUCGGCACUGAGCCUAUGCAAAACAGGAAGAGCCGCUCCCAUUACAUUAGCUUUUCAAGUGCAAUUUGGAGAAGAAUUUCGAGGAGCUGGUGAGCAUCAAGCACCUCACAAAAUGUUCACAUAUUCAAUUCUACACUCGCCAUGUCGGGCCGGAUCCUUUCCUUUAGCAGCUUAGCUGCUCAUUUGCAAAUAUCACAUUUGGGGACUAGUUGUCGUCUCCUGGUUCUUCUGUUCUUGAUGCUUUUGCAUAUACGGUAUAUAUGUACUAGAUUCCACGGGACGUAGUUUGCUUUGGGCAUCGCGGCAGAACGUAACUUUAUCAGGUUGAGAUGUUUAGGACAAAUGAUGUGCUGGACAAAUGAUGUGCUGUGAUGCCACAACUGGAAAGCUUAGUACAAAUGUGGCGAGCAAAGCAUACUCUGCUUUUCCUGAUGGACAUCUCCUGCCAAUAUGGCAUUACAUGGUGCGGUAGUAGAUGCCCAAGGGCGGCGAGGGGAACUGUUUCUAGUGGGCUUGCCACUCACUGCCCCACUAAGCUUUACCCUCCUGUGUUUCAUCAACUUUUUAGUAUGUUUUUGUGCUUGUGCAUAUCAACAAAGAUGUACUUAAAGUAGUUC